AUGAAGUUGUCCAAGCCUGCCUGCCUCUUGGCAGCCUGCUUCUCAGGGGCUUCGGCCCUGCUCGCCUUUCCCGGAGCCGAGGGUUUCGGCCGGAACGCCCUCGGUGGACGGACGGGCUCGGUCUACCACGUAACGAAUCUGGAUGACUCCGGAACUGGCUCUCUCCGUGAUGCCGUGUCCAAGAAUAACCGCAUUGUCGUCUUCGACGUCGGCGGCGUCAUCAAGAUCACAGACCGCAUCGCAGUCGGCAAGAACAUCUAUAUAGCCGGGCAGACCGCCCCCGGACAGGGCAUUACCGUUUAUGGCAACGGCAUGUCCUGGUCCAACGCCAACGAGGGCAUCGUGCGGUAUCUCCGAGUUCGCAUGGGACGUGGUGGCGACUCGGGCAAGGACGCAAUGGGCAUCGCCGAGGGCUCCAACAUCAUCUUCGACCACGUCUCCGUCUCGUGGGGCCGCGAUGAGACCUUUAGCAUCAAUGGAGAGGCAUAUAACAUCACCAUCCAGAACAGCAUCAUCGCGCAAGGCCUCGAAACCCACAGCUGCGGUGGCCUGAUGCAGACUGACGGCGGUAUAAGCCUUUUCCGCAACCUGUACAUCGACAACAAGACGCGUAACCCCAAGGUGAAGGGCGUGAAUGACUUCCAGAACAACGUUGUCUACAACUGGGGUGGCGGAGGAGGUUACAUCGCAAGUGGCGGCGACGGCCAAAGCUACGCGAAUAUCGUGAAUAACUACUUCAUUUCCGGACCCAGCACCUCCGUCACAGCUUUCACGCGGGGUAACGCAAACUUCCAUGGCUUCGUCUCCAACAACUUCUACGACUCAGACCGCAACGGCGAGCUGGAUGGAUCGGCUCUCUGCGCAUCAACCACCUGUUACAGCGACAUGGACAUCGUCACCACGCAGUACGACUACUCGGCCCCCGCGAAGCUGCUCACGCCUCAGGAGGCCGUCAAUUUUGUCCUCAACAGCACAGGCACCUCAUACCCCGCCCGGGAUGCGGUGGACAAGCUCCUGAUCGAGCAGGUGCAGAGCUAUGGCAAGGAUGGCGCGCUGAUCUCCAACGAGGACGACGUUGGUGGUGUCGGUACCGUCCUGGGAGGUACGGCGCCAAAGGACACUGACGGUGAUGGUAUCCCAGAUGCCUGGGAGACUGCGAACGGAUUGGACCCCAAUGACGCUUCUGAUGCUAUGAAGAUCAGUGACUCUGGGUACGCGAACAUUGAGGUCUACGUGAACUCAUUGGUGCCCUCUACCUAUGCCUAA